AUGUUCUUGCGGAAUUACUGGAUUACUGGAUAUUAUCAGCAGCUACCACCAUCCCUCACUGACCUUGAGGCUCUUGUUUACCUCAAUAAACUCAAUAGUUUGGGCACAUCGUCUUUCUUCCCGCCCCCGUUUGUGCCCAUAUUCUCGACAAUGAGUGUCGCGGUUUUUAUCUCUUGCAAUGAAGCUAGGCAGAUAUCUGAACUGAAAAAGUUUCUGAAGGCACAUGGUUGUAAGGCCAUUGAAAGUACCGAGUGUCAUCAGGAAAAUUGGUGGGAAGAGUUUAAAAAGUGCCUACAAUUCCUGGGGGUUUGCUGGAAAGACGACAGUAUUACAGAAACCGAAGUAAAUGAUAUCCUAACCAGCGUGGCGUCGUUGGUGAUACAAUUGCCUCCGCUUGAACACGACAGCGUUAUCAGUCGUUUGUGCGAUCAAUAUUUAGACUUUUCAAGUGAAAGUGUUAAGAAGCACAAACCGAAACUCUUUUCACUGAAUCUGAUCUUCCAUGGAUUACUUCCGGAUAACCAUCAUAAAUGCACCAUUUACCUGACUUUAGUUUCUUGCGCUAGAAAGCUGGGUAUGAUGUCUCAGAUAAUAACGGAUCCCAAGAAGGUUGCUUCUUGGUUAAAUACGUGCGGAAGUAGCGUCGAGGAACGCCAGAAAAUUUGGCGAAAACUUCACGAGGUUCAUUCUGAAUUGAACGAGAAGCGCCGUGCAUCAGAAGCAUUAGUGUACUUACUGUCCACAUACACUGAGGCUACUGCUGCACAAGCGAGACAAGAUGCUAUCAAAUGUAUUCUGUCCGUAAUCCAGGAUCCUUCACUCUUGGCACAUGAUCAGCUCUAUGCCUUGUACCCUAUUCGAUUCCUUGAAGGCGAACCAGUCCACGACUUUUUAAAAAUAUUCGUCUCUGGCAGUUUGUCUGCUUUCAAGACAUUCAUUUCAAAACACCCAGAUUUCCUCACCCAAAAUGGUCUCCUGGAAGAUGCUUGCAUGCAGAAGCUGAGGCUUUUAUCUCUGAUGCAGUUAUCCGAGAACCAAACUGAGCUAAGCUACGAUGCGGCAGCCAGAGAUUUGGAACUUCCCUUGGAUAAGCUGGAGCCGUUCAUUAUUGAAGCUGUUCGCCAGCGGGCAGUCGCGUGCAAGCUGGAUCAAGUGCAGCGUCGUAUCCUUAUUACGGGCGCUUUCCCGCGCACAUUUGGUCGUCCUCAAUGGGUCCGCCUACAUGACACGUUGCUGCAAUGGCAUACAGGGCUUGACAACGUUCAAAAGAGCAUCGGCGCAAUGAUUCAGGCAGAUAUAUGUUAA